UGUUCAAUUAAGACAUGCUUUUUUGUUCUGAAUGAUCUCUGAUGCAUGUUUAAGUUGAACUGUUUUUAAAGAGGAUGCAUGUCAUUAUUAAUAUGCAGAAUCCAUUAUGCGUAUCAAACAUUUUUACUAUAUUGCAUUUGCACACACAGCUAAUCUGUCUGUCUCUGUCUGUCUUUCAGGUGUGAAGUUCAGAGGAAGCACUCUGUCCAGGCAGGAGCAGUGCGCUCAGUUCAGUGACCGAGUCAACCAGCGAUCAGAGGAGGGCGAUACCUACCCCAUCUCACCAAUGCAGCUGCCAGAUUCCCAGUGGAACCGAGAAUCUGCAACACCGGGGUCCCAGGAGCACGACCCGAGCCCUCAACAGGUCACCAAACGCCACCGGAAACUAUUAAAGACCAGCCCUGUGCUGAGACCCCACUCCAACUCUUCACAGUCACCAUCAUCUCCAUCACAGGAGUCCCGUCGGCGGAUCAUACGGGACGUCUGCAGGAAAUAUCGGAGUAAUAUUUCACGGACGAUAACGCCACAUCACGUCUCGCGGAUUUACGUGGAGGACCGUCACAAACUGCUGUACUGCGAGGUGCCUAAAGCCGGAUGCUCCAACUGGAAGAGAAUCCUGAUGGUUUUGGCCGGCAUCGCCAACUCUACGCGAGAAAUCAAUCACGUGGCCGUUCAUUAUGACAACCACCUGAAACGCCUGGACAGCUUCGACCAUCAAGGCAUCACGAAGCGUUUAGAGACGUACACCAAAGUCCUCUUCGUCCGAGAGCCGAUGGAGCGACUGGUGUCUGCAUUCAGGGACAAAUUCGAGAGCCCCAAUUCCUACUACCAUCCCGUCUUCGGAAAGCCCAUCAUCUCCAAAUACAGGGUGAAUGCAUCGCAGGCGGCUCUGAAGACGGGAAGCGGCGUGACCUUUCGAGAGUUCAUGCACUAUCUUUUAGACGUGCAUCGUCCCGUGGGAAUGGACAUCCAUUGGGAAGCGGCCAACCAGCUCUGUAGCCCAUGCCAUCUUCACUACGACUUCAUCGGGAAAGUCGAGACCUUGGAAGAAGACGCCAACUUUCUUUUACGAAAGAUCGGUGCGCCGGAGAACCUGUCGUACCCCUCGUUCAAAGACGGGAACCCCAAAGCGGCCAGAACUUCUACUCAGAUCACACAGCAUUAUUUUUCGCAGCUGAACGCGUCUGAGCGCCAGCGGGCGUAUGACUUCUACUACAUGGACUACUUGAUGUUUAACUACUCCAAACCUUAUAAAGACCUGUACUGACGCUCGUGCUUUAACCGCUGGUUACCUGUCCGUCAUCUGAUCAGUGCUUCAGAGACUAAUUACACUAAUCCAUAAUUACACAAUCUCAGCCAUCAAUAACCCGGAGCACAUCACUCAUUUACAUAAAUGGCUCUUUAUUUGCCUCUAAAAGUGUCCUAACCAGAACAGAAUAAAUGUUCAUGUUAAUUUAAAAACUCACAGACAAAUAUCAAAUGUUUAUUAUACAGAUACACUACCAUUAAGAGUUUGGGCUCAAUAAGAUUUUAGUUAAAUAUAUGUUUAUUCAUAAAAAUUGAUUUUAAAAAGAUAGUUUUUCAAAUAAAUGCUGUUCUUUUGACCUUUCCGUUCAUCAAAGAAU